AUGUCACAUGUAACGCGAAGAAAACAUAAUGAUGUCAUUAAGACGUUUUUCUCUUUUCAUUCAUUCAAUGUUUCUUUCUCUCUAUCUUUCUCUCUGUCCCUCUCUUUUCAUUCAGUCACUGUUUCUUUUUCUUUUCAUUUAGGCAUUUGCCUUUCUCUCUCUCUCUCUCUUUCUCUCUCUCUCUCUCUCUCUCUCUCUCUCUUCAUCCACAAAUUCCGAGCUACCUGCUUUCUACGGUGUCGACAAAGUCCUUUCAUAUUUUUCUAUCUCUUUCUCUCUCCUUCAAUGGUUGUACAUGUGAAAGAUGAGUUUCUCUCGUCUUCUCUUUUCUUCUUCUUUCUUCUUCACUUUCUCUCGCAUUUUUUCUUUCUCUUUCCUUCUUGCUUUUUCAUUCCUUCUCUUUAUUCUCUUUCCUUCUCGCUUUUUCUUUCCUUCUCCUUUUUCACUUUACUUCUCGCUUUUUCUCUCCUUCACUUUUCUCUUUCCUUCUCGCUUUUUCUUUCCUUCUCCUUUACUCUUUCGUUCUCGCUUUCUCUUUCCUUCACGUUUCUUUUUCGUUCUCACUUUUUCUUUCCUUUUCCUUUACACUUACGUUCUCGCUUUUUCAUUCCUCCUUCUUUUCUCUUUCAUCCUCGCUUUUUCUUUCAUUCCCCUUUACUUUUACGUUGUUGCUUCAUCUUUCCUUCUCCCUUCAUACCGAUACUGAAAACUUAUCUUUUUUUCUUCAUCUUCUUCUUCUAUGUGCCGUGUCCCUUCACGACGUGA